CCGGGCGCGCACCGUCUCCGCUUCCGCUAUAAGUAGCUGGCUGGCUCCGCUCUGCCUGCCCAGCAGCAUCCGGCGACGAAACCAACGGCGACCACCGCCCCGUCAGUUCGUGAGUGAGUGAGCGGCGCACGAUCAUGGCCCGGCCUUCCUCGUCCCUGUUUCUUGGAGCGGCGGUUGCGGUGGCGCUUGCGGUCCUUGCCGCCGCGCCGUCAGCGCUCGCCGCGGACCCGGACCCGCUCCAGGACCUCUGCGUCGCCGACCUCAACUCCGAGGUGAAGGUGAACGGGUUCCCGUGCAAGGCGAACGCCACCGCCGACGAUUUCAUCUCCAGCGUCCUCGCCAAGCCCGGCGUCAUCAACAACACCGUGGGCUCCGUCGCCACGGGCGCCACCGUCGAGAGGGUCCCAGGGCUCAACACGCUCGGCGUGUCGCUCGCCCGCAUCGACUACGCCCCGGGGGGUCUCAACCCGCCGCACACGCACCCGCGCGCCACCGAGCUCCUCUUCGUCCUCUACGGCACGCUCGACGUCGGCUUCAUCACCACGGCAAACAAGCUCUUCGCCAAGACCAUCUCCCAGGGCGACUUCGUCGUGUUCCCGCGCGGCCUCGUGCACUUCCAGAGGAACGCCGGCGACGAGCCCGCCGCCGCCAUCUCGGCCUUCAACAGCCAGCUCCCCGGCACGCAGGUCAUCGCCAUGACGCUCUUCGGGGCCUCGCCCGAGGUGCCCGACGAAGUUCUCGCCAAGGCCUUCCAGAUCAGCGCCGAGGAGGUGGACAAGAUCAAGGCCAAGUUCGCGCCCUAGAAGAGCUGAGGAUCCAGAGGAAAUUUUGCCUGCUCAAUCAAUCGUCAUUGGUGUUGAUGUUCAGGCAUUGUUUGGUUCGAUUAUUUUGCUGGCUCUUUGAUCAUUUGUGGCUGAGGGUGCCAUGCAAUCGUACGUGUCGUUGGGUUUGUGAUAUGAUCGUCGGUUAUGUGUGACCUGCAGAAUAAGAUAGUAGGUGUCUCUUGUAAUAAGCUGCAGGCCUGCUGGAGAACAUUCUGUUCAUCUUAUUUUAUUAUCCCAAUCAUUUGUAAACUAUUUCAUAUUACUAUUACACAUGCCUUUUUAAUUAGUUA